CUCACCCCGAGUCCCCCACCCUACCCUCGCCUUGCAUCCCUCCUCUUGAACGCCACUCGAUCUAAGUGAAGCUAUACUGCGAUAAUGGCCCGCAUCGUACUGUUCCUCUUUGCACUUCUCGCGUCUCUCGUUGUGGUACUUGCAUCGCCUGUUCCGAUACAUGACGUCCAAGUGCUCGAGAAGCGCGUUCAACACACCGGAAGAGGUACCUGGUUUCAUCCUGGCCUGGGUAACUGCGGCGAAUGGAACAAUGACAACGAUCCCAUCGUCGCCAUGGGCAAGGCUUUCUACGACCGCAACCAAGGCAGCAAUUGUAACCAGUGGAUGCAAAUUGUAAACACAGCGAACGGAAAUACUGCUUAUGCAAAGACAGUCGAUAGCUGUGAAUCAUGCGGCGACAACGACAUUGAUAUGUCCCCAGCCGUAUUCCAACAACUCGCACCACUUUCUCAAGGCCAGCUCGUCGUCACCUGGCACUUCCAACCGAAAUAGAUCCCCCACCAUCCUCGGCUGCGUCAUCCAUCUUCCCCGCUUUCGUCUCUUGCGUCAUCUUCCCUGCCACGAUUUCAGAAUACGACCCUGCCCUGCGAUACAUUGACGUUGAACGUUCUACCCCCGACCGCCCACAUGACGCCAUUUUUAUCAGCAUCAUUAUCUUAUGACACUCUUCCAUCUUCGUCAUGCAGCAUAGACAGACAGAACGCGCUUGAUGCGCCUGAAAUUUUUCAAUCCCCUGGAUCAUUCAUACAUAGAAAGGAAGAAAGCAAGUUCUUCUUCUCCUCCAUCCGGUUUUGAUGGAUGUUGUAUUAUUAUUUGGAUUUCCCUUACCGCGCACGAUAUUAUGAGACGAUUUCUUCUACGACAAUUUUUUUUAAAAGCCUCGAGACGCCGUUUACUGAUUCCACGCUUUGACGCUUCAUGUUCUUUAAAUUUUAACUUUUAUAUCAAUUCCGCGUCCCCCCUAAGUGGGCGGUACUAAGUAGCAGAAUCAGUACUUGCUUCCCCUUCAUCAUCGC